AUGACGCCGAGAUCUACUAUCAGCAACAACCCAUCUCCCAGUGUCGGUCAGCCUACGCCGCCCGCAAUCCCUUCGUCGACCUCGGGGACCGCUGUUACCAAUGAAUCCGACAGCGACAAUCAACCGGAAGAGCGUCCAACUCAUACAUCAGAGAUUGGCACCCUCAAAAAGCUCCCCAACCAUGGCACAGCUUGGCUAGGUAGUUCUUCUGGCGUCUACUUCGUCAACACCGUGCGACGAGCCUUUUCCGCCGCUUUCGCCGCGUCGAAUCUCAGCGGUGCCAAUCCCGUUCCCGCCAGCGAGGAUAUCCUUACUGGCGAGGACGCCGAAGGUCGCUCCUACAAUGGCCCCCUGUAUGAAGGACCAAGCACAUCCGAUCAGUUUCCCCAGACCCUUGCCUCCGCCCUGGGUAAGCCUCCAGCGAAGAAGAUCGCCGUGGAAUUAGUAACCUCUUUUUUUACUGUAUGGCAUCCGCUCUUCCCCUUCCUCCAUGGGCCUAGUUUUAUCAAGGACAUGGAAACAAUAUAUGCCUCUCAGCGCCGACCUUCAAAACCUACCAAGGACAGCCCCGCUCCGAACGAUCUGCGGAAGCUGCUGACUUUUCAGCUGAUCAUCAACAUUGCGUCUCUGGACCGCAGCGAUAUUCAUCUUCCCAUGGAAUCGCGCGUUAAAUCCACCGCCGAUGUAUGCCGAGUGGCUGGAUGCCUGGCCAUGGACCACGAUUUAGCCACCAUACAGGCUAUCCUUGCCGCCGAACUCUACCUCACCGCUACCCUGGCUAUUCGCCAAGCCAGCACCGUUGCUGGAAUUAUCAUCAAAUUGAUCUAUCACGCCGGCCUCCACAGAUGUCCCCUGCGUUAUGCCCAACUUUCUCUCGAAGAGUGCGAAAUCCGCAAACGGAUAUUUUGGUCGGCAUAUGCUUUGGAUCGGCAUUGUAAUUUGAGUCUCGGCGAUCCGAACGUGAUUCAAGACGAUGACAUUGAUGUCUGUUUGUCCGGACCCGAACUUCACAAGGCUCUUGCGCGAGAUCUGAUACCCAAUCCGGACGGCGACAUGAGCAUGCACAUGCCCCCUCCACGUACGGUCACAGAUGAUCCACGCGUGGCACAGUCUGACAGCGACGGACCUGAAGCUCAAGAAAAGCGAUUAAGAGAGGCGGCCCUGACGGCAUAUGUGCAAUGGGGCAAGUUAACUGGCCAGAUCAUCGAAGUCUUUCACAAAAGCAUCAACCACCGUUUUCCCAAGCAUGAACAAAUUCUUCGCCUUACCAGCGACAUCGAGACUUGGUGGAAUGAUCUUCCAGGGUUUUUGAGUGGCGAGGUCGAAGCUGGUCACGAGCGGAGCAACCGUGAAUCCGGCGAAAUCACGAAUCCAACAUCUUCGACGACCAACGGGCACCAUGGAGGUGCAGGCAAUGGAUCCGACUCAUCUCACCUCCCUCCCCCCCAACAACACCUUGCGAGCUUUUUCAAGAUCCUGUACCAUCGACUACUCCUUCUGGUGAAUCGGCCUCGCCUUUCCCUGGACCAAUCAACCCCAGAAUUCCAGCACGGACUGCAAGUAUGUAUAAGAGCUUCGCGAGGGAUUGUUGCGGGUCUAAGAGCGCAUAAGCAACACGGCCAAUCUAUGUUUCUUCCUGGUCUGCUGUCCGCUGCGUGGAUGUCUGGCCUUAUCAUCGCGUUCGCCUGCCAAUUGGGCAAAUACGCCAAAGCACGCGCGCUCAGUGACAUGCAAGCGUGCCUGCAUCUGCUGGAGAGCAUGAACAUCAGAUGGUACACGGUGCAAAACUGUCACAAGGUUCUGAGCCUGCUCCUCAUCAACAUUCAGUCACGGAAGGCCUCCAUCAACGGUUUCCUGACUGUACCUAAACCGGACCAAUCCCCGCAGAGUAUGCCGGCCGAGUUCGAUCAACCGUCCCGAAAGAGACAGCGGACCACAAGUGGUAAUGAAGAUGCAAGUCCUCGGAAAUCGUCUGUGGCCGAGUCGACCACCAGUUCGCCGGUCCAAGGGCAUAACUCAACAGGUGCUGGAAACAAUUCCCACUCACGACUGAAACAGCAAGCCUCCACCCCCAACAGCACUCAAACAUGGACACCCUCGACCACGUUCGACCCGAAUAACCCCUCGGCACUUACCAAUCCAACGGGCUCGCUCUCGUCGUUUGACUUCUCAAAUUGGGACCGUGGUCAACCGACUACUCAACCGCAGUUCAAUCCUGGUAUCGGCAGCGCGGUCUACGCGACUCCGCAGGAUCUGGCGUUUGCACAAUCAACCAUGAACAUGAACCUCCCUGGUCAAACGGCGUCGGGCGGCAUGGGAGGUGAUGGAAGCAGCGCGAACAUGCAAGAGUACUCGGACCCCAUGUUCUGGGGCAAUAUGGACUAUAACGUUGCGGAUAUCUUUGGAUCGGCCACUUGGGAGAACAUGACGGGGCCAUUUGCCCCGGGUGGCGGUGGCGUCAAUAGCGGAUGGGACAUGUGA